CAUCAAAUGAAGCUCUGUGUUUUUACUCUCCUCAGCUGGAUGCAAUUGAUCCAAGCCUAUUGUAUCUAUAAUAAGCACACGGAUGGAGCCGUUGUGCAGAUCCGUCAAAAGGGCAACACUGCCGCAUCUAUCACCAAACGCUUCAGAAAAAAUAUCAGCGCAGGUGAAAAAGAAUGUUGCUCUUGGCAAACGCUGGAUUGCUGUGCUUCAGAACAACCGUUUGAUCCUGUGGUUUUUGAAGUCGUGCAAUGCUUUCCUGGCUGGACUAGUCCUCAAUAUGAAGUUACAGGUGUCGUAGGCGGGUCCCUUGUCUUCCACGGAAACGAGCGAGAUAAUUGGAUUGAUGGCUAUGAUAAUGAAAACAAUCACUUUGUCCCAAAGCUUGAAUUUGCGAAAAGUAGAGAUUUCAGUGGAAAUGGAAAUUGAAAAAUAUGUAUUCGCCGCAGUCUCUGGUCACCAACACGACUACAACAACAUCGCAC